AUGGAAAAAAGUUUUAUUAUGGUAAAACCUGAUGGAGUACAGAGAGGACUAGUUGGGAUAAUUAUCGAACGUUUUGAAAAAAAAGGUUAUAAAAUGAUUGCAAUUAAAAUGUUAAAUCCAUCAAAAGAAAUUUUAAAAGAACAUUAUAAGGAUUUGUCUGAUAAACCAUUUUUUAAUACCUUAGUUGAUUACGUCAGCAAAGGUCCAGUUGUAGCAAUGGUUUGGGAAGGUGUCGAAAUCGUGAAUCAAGGUAGAAAACUUAUAGGGGAAACAAACCCUUUGAAUAGUAAUACUGGUACUAUUCGUGGGGAUUUUUGUUUAGAAGUUAGCAGAAAUAUAAUUCAUGGUAGUGACUCAGUUGCAUCUGCUAAUAGGGAAAUUAACAUCUGGUUUAAGGCUGAAGAACUAGUUCAAUGGAAUCAUCAUUCUAAGGAAUGGAUUUACGCUUAG